AUGGCUUCCAGACUCAGACAGCGUUUGGCCAAACCCCUCCUCUAUUCUGCAGGAGCGGCGGCCAUCGGAGGCACAGCUCUGUACAUCACAUAUCGCCCUCGAAACAUUCCUGGUUCAGAAUCUGCAGUGGUUCCUCCUCCGGGUUACGGCGAAGGCGGGGAUUUCAGGCCUCCUCGAUUCCCCAAUGUCAAGUCGCGAGCAGAGCAGAUCGCGGAUCUGAAGAGAAGUGGGGGAACCAAAGGCUCAAUUACCACGCUGUCGAGGAACGAUGCGGCAUCGCAGAAUGAGGAUGAUAUCUACGACUUGCUGGUCAUCGGAGGAGGAGCAACAGGAACCGGAGUUGCUCUGGAUGCUGCGACGAGAGGAUUGAAAGUGGCAAUGGUGGAGCGAGACGAUUUUGCGAGUGGCACGAGCAGUAAAAGUACAAAAUUGGUUCACGGUGGUGUUCGAUAUUUGGAAAAGGCUGUUUGGGAAUUGGAUUACAACCAGUAUGCAUUGGUGAAGGAGGCAUUAAGAGAGCGAAAGUACUUCUUAGAAACCGCACCACAUCUGUCGUCAUGGCUUCCAAUCAUGUUGCCUUUGGAUAAAUGGUGGAAGGCGCCGUACUUUUGGGCUGGAACGAAGGCUUAUGACUUUUUGGCUGGAUCGGAAGGGAUUGAAACAUCCUAUUUCUUGACGAAAAGUAAGGCAUUGGAUGCUUUCCCUAUGUUGAAAAAGACCAAUUUGGUGGGUGCUUUGGUUUACUAUGAUGGAGCACAUAACGAUUCUCGCAUGAACGUGUCGCUGGCCAUGACGGCUGCGUUGUAUGGAAGCACAGUCGUAAACCACAUGGAAGUUACAGGCUUGGAGAAGGAUGCCAAUGGCAAACUUUGCGGAGCUCGUUUGAGAGAUUUGGUAGAGGAAAAGAAUGGCAAAAAGCCGGAAGAGUUCUUGGUUCGUGCCCGUGGUAUCAUCAAUGCUACAGGACCUUUUACCGAUGGUGUUCGCAAGAUGGACGAUGAUACCGUAAAGGAAAUUGUCGCGCCUAGCUCUGGAGUUCACGUUAUUCUUCCUGGUUACUACAGUCCUCAGAAGAUGGGUCUUAUUGAUCCUAAGACUUCUGAUGGCCGAGUCAUCUUUUUCUUGCCAUGGCAAGGAAACACGAUUGCUGGUACCACUGAUGCUCCUUGCGAAAUUUCGCAAAAUCCAGUAGCUGGUGAGGAUGAGAUUGAUUGGAUUCUCUCUGAGAUUAGACGCUAUCUCGCACCCGAUAUCAACGUGCGCCGAGGCGAUGUGCUUGCUGCAUGGUCUGGAAUUAGACCAUUGGUCAAGGAUCCAAACGCUAAGAACACCGAGUCACUCGUCCGGAACCAUCUCAUCAAUGUUUCGCCCUCUGGGCUCUUGACAUGCGCUGGAGGCAAAUGGACGACUUACCGCCAGAUGGCUGAGGAGUGUGUCGAUGAAGCUAUCACUCAAUUCAAGCUUAACACCAAGCCAGUCACAAACGCUCCACGAGUCAGUGGCACAGAAAUGGUUGAUGAUGGUGCUCAUCUUGACGGAUCAUGCCAAACCCAUCAAGUCAAAUUAGUAGGCGCACACGGCUUCUCCAGGACACUUUUCAUCAAUCUGAUCCAGCAUUUCGGUAUCGAGACGGAUGUCGCCAAGCACUUGACAGAAUCUUAUGGAGAUAGAUCCUGGACUGUCGCUGCAUUGAGCGGACCUACAGAGAAGCGAUUUCCAGUUCGUGGAGAAAGAAUCUCCCCACUUUACCCAUUCAUCGAUGGAGAGGUUAGAUACGGUAUUAGGCAUGAGUAUGCUCAGACGGCUGUGGAUGUCAUUGCACGAAGAACUAGAUUGUCGUUCUUGAAUGCCCAGGCUGCAUUAGAGGCGCUGCCUAAGGUUAUUGAUAUCAUGGCCGAAGAGCUUAAAUGGGAUAACAAGCGCAAGGACGUUGAGUGGAGAGAUUCCGUCAAAUUCCUUGAAUCAAUGGGUCUCCCUAAAUCCAAGCUGCAGGCCACCAGAAAGGAAGUCGAAAGUGGCAAGCUCAGUUUCAAAGACUCGGUUGAGUAUAAGAUGUACUCGAGACACGAUCAACCCAACGAUGAAUUAGAGAGCGAUUCGAAGAACUCGCCGGUCAUGAAGCCGGAUUCUCCUGCUAAUGCGUAG